AUGGCCCCUACCACUGUUUCGGCUCUCGGUAUGGCCCUCCACGGCAAGUCCGCAUCCGUCGACAUUCCAAAGCCUCGCGACGCCGUCAAGGCCAGGGACAACUUCACUGCUGUACCGGCCAAAACGUCCUCCAAAAAGCGGCCUGGCAUGUUGCCAACGCCUCCGAACUCCAUCUCUCCAAAUCUGCCCCCUCGUGGUCACCGACGUCGGGACAGUAGCAAUCAUGGGCCUGUGUCUCCCAAAAGCGCGGCCGUUGACUCCGACAUCGACUUGCAAGAUGCGCCCGACAAGUCGCAGACCACUACGUUGAGCGCGGAGGCUCUCGAUGGUCUAGGUGACUUGGACUCGGCUGGAGCUAUCACCCCCGGCAUGCUGGCUCAACACCACCUGCCGGACAUCCUGUUGUCUCACGGUCCGUUGGCAAUCAGGCACAUUAUGGGCUACCUGACGACCUCGGUGCCUGGCUUCUCCCGCAUCACUUCUGCCAAAGCAAGGCGCUCCGUAGUCGCUGCGCUUGAAGGCAAAGGUGGCGAGGGUGCUGGCCGUGAUGGCGAUGUCGUCUUCGAAAAGGUCGGCUGGGGACGAUGGGACGCUCGAUUAAAGGGUCAGUCCGCGCGCGAACGCCGGGGCUCCAACAUUACGCCACCUGGCAGUCUACCGUCUUCCUACUCUCAGGCCGGUCUUCACGUGCCUACUCAACGAUCCUGGCGCACGGGUUCCGAGAAUCUGGGGACCAGUUAUACCGGCAAUUCCGCGGUCUUCUCUCAUUCUGAAAUGGACUAUGAGGACCAGGACAUGCUGGAGCACGAGGCCGAUAAGAUGUCCCUAGACGGUGAUGAGGAUGGCUAUGUCUCUUCGGUCGCUCCCGAACCUCUGGAUGAGGAUCUCGGUGAUGGUGACGUUACUGACGAGGAAGACUGGGCUAGUAUUGGAGCUGCGGCGCUUCGAGCUAGGUCUCUUCCUAAAUCAGGCAGAUCUGUGUCUGGUCCCGGUCGGCUCUAUCAGCCCAUCGCGACUUACUCUUACCGGCCAAGAUACCGAUCCAAGACUCCGGCAGACGUGGCUCGGAGUGCCCCGGUGAAACAACUGCCUCUCACCAACUCUACUCCUUUCGCAUUUUCCACCAGCGCUGGCGUUAAUGACUCCCAGGAACGAGCUGCCAUCGAAGCUCUCCUGAGUCUGGGAUCCAUGUAA